UUCCGGUUCACUAGGACCCGGGCUGCUCGGUGAGGCGGGGACGCGCCGUCCCUUUGCGCAGGCGCAGUCCAUGAUCCACGCGCUCCGCAAUGCCCGGGCGGCACGUCUCCCGAGUCCGGACCUUGUAUAGGCUCAUCUUGCAGCUGCACCGGGUUCUGCCCCCGGACCUCAAAGCCCUGGGUGACCAGUACGUGAAGGAUGAAUUUAGGAGACAUAAGGCUGUUGGUUCUGACGAGGCCCAGCGUUUCUUGCAGGAAUGGGAGAUCUCAGAUUGUCCGGAUUCUCUGCAAGAAUUGUACAGUAAUUACAAUGAAGUCAGUGAAUGCCGUCUUAAAAACGCAGCGGCGUAUGCUUGCUGUUUUUGCUAUCAGUCUUCUUUCACAAAGGACUUGAGACAGACAUGAACGAAAUGCCAGCGCCUUAUUUAUAUAGUUCUUAAUUUUUCCCUUUGAAUGUUUUAGGCUAAACUUGGACUUUGUCAUGUUUCAUAAAUGUUAAUGCCAGCUACAUAUUUUGUACGAUUUCUUGUUGAGUUUUGUAAAUGGCAUGACAAUCUAAACAUGGACAGACUCAAACUUAAAAUUUGUAUGGUUACUCUUGUUUACCUAACUAUUAAA